AAGUUUCAAAAAAUCACUUGUGUGUAAUUUUCUAAAUGGCAAAAUCCAUAAGAAUGCAAAUUACAUUUUUCAUCUGAAUCGUGUAUCGGCUAGUUAAUAUUGUGAGAUAGUGAUUACAGUGACACAAAAUUGGAGAGGAUUCUAAUGGCCUCACCCCAACACAUCACAUCCAUAGGAGUAAGCUUUGCUCCAACCACCAACAAUGUGAUUAAUACAUAUAUAAUGUUUGACAUAUGACAUAAGUGUCCAUGUACAUAAUUAAAUUCUUAUAACUUGUAGCCAUUGAGAUGCAGAACGUGUUAUUGGGACAACCACGACUCAAAAUGGCAUUUAGGAGAGUGAGACAUCAAAUGCAAUGUCAUGAUAUAUUCAAUCUUUCCGUCUCCUGAAAUUGUCACUCUUUCACAUACUCGUGACUCAUGCAUUCCCCAUCAUAAUUUAUCCUGGGGUGCAGAUUCGGACUUCGAUCUAUUCAUCUUUCUAAGUCUUCUCUAGUUUGCUUCUCUGCAAGUCCUCCACUAGUUCGCGGAAAGUGCUCGAGUAACUUCCUCGUCAUAUCUAAUGAUUUCCCUUCGGCGCGUUUCUGCAUCAUUUGUUAUUGGAAAAGAAACAUACUCAUCAUCUGGAAUAUCCGAACCUCUCAGAUUGACUUCCCUGCCAUACCCUCUCUCUUGCUACCAACCCAGCAGAUCAAGGCUCCACUGCAGCUUCUCUAAAGAUCUCUUGCAUCGAUUCUGAGAUUGCAGGGAGUAUAUAUGGCGGCUUCUUCCUCUUCCACUGUUAUCCCCCAUAGAGAAAAGCACGACGUGUUUCUCAGUUUCCGAGGCGAGGACACCCGCGACAGUUUCACCAGUCAUCUUCAUGCUGCAUUACGCCGGAGUAAAAUCGAAACCUACGUAGAUAACAGACUCGAGAGAGGAGACGAAAUCGGACCCGCUCUUCUCAAAGCAAUAGAGGAAUCAGAGCUCUCGGUAAUCAUUUUCUCGGAGAAUUAUGCCUCUUCUACAUGGUGCUUGGAUGAGCUUGUGCAUAUACUCGAAUGCAAGAAGAAAUAUGGAUGCUCUGUUAUACCUGUUUUCUACGACGUAAAUCCAUCACAUGUGCGGAGACAGGAGGGGAGUUAUGCAGCUGCGUUUGCUCAACUUCAACAACGUUUCGAGGAUAGGGGGGAGAUGGUGCGCCAGUGGAGGGAUGCUUUGACAAGUGCUGCAAAUCUAUCUGGGUUUGAUUCUCACAAAAUAAGGCCUGAGUCCAAGUUAGUUGAGGAUAUUGUUAAAGCUAUUUUAGUGAAAUUGAAUGGUGGAUCAUCUAGUGUUUUGAAGGGCCUGGUAGGGAUGAAAAGCCGCGUUCGGGAAGUUGAAAGGUUGUUGUGUUUGGACUCUCUAGAUGUCAGGACUGUAGGCAUAUGGGGUAUGGGUGGUGUAGGUAAGACCACCCUUGCUCGUGCUGUAUUUGACCAUCUCUCUUUUGAAUUUGAAGCUUGUUGCUUUAUUGGAGAUAUUAGGGAAGCAUCAGAGACUAGUCAUGGACUAAAUCAGUUGCAAAAGGAGCUUCUUCGUAUUUUGUUAGACCAAGAAAAUCUGAAUAUGGGCACUAUAUCUGUAAGUUCAACUCUUGAUAGAAGGAGGCUCCGCCGUAAAAAGGUCCUCAUUGUUCUUGAUGAUGUGAAUGAUCCAAGGCAACUAGAUGUUUUAGUUGGAGAUGAUGCUCAGUUUGGUCCUGGAAGUAGAAUCCUUAUAACAACUAUAUAUAUGCAACUACUUAAGACUGGAGGAGCAGAUAAGAUAUAUGAAGUUAAGCAAUUAAAUGAAGAUGAAGCCCUUCAGCUUUUUCGUUUAAAUGCUUUCAAAAAUAUGUGUCCUACAUCUGAAUAUACAGAAUUGUCAAGAAUGGUGGUAAGUUAUGUUGAAGGCAUUCCGUUGGCUCUUAAGGUUUUGGGUUCCCUAUUGCACUGCAAGAGAAAAAGAGAAUGGGAAAGUGAAUUGAUUAAACUGAAAAAGAUUCCCAACAAAAGAAUUCAGGAUGUGUUGAGAGUAAGUUAUGAUGGAUUAGACGAGGAACAGAAAGAGAUAUUUCUUGAGAUUGCAUGCUUUUAUAAAGGGGAGAAGAUAGAUUAUGCAAAAAGAAUGUUGGAUACUUGUGACUUCUGUGCUGAUGCGGGAAUUGCAGUUCUGACUGAUAUGUCUCUCAUAUCAAUAAAAAACAACUACCUGUGGAUGCAUGAUUUGAUACAAGAAAUGGGUCGUGCAAUUGUCCGUGAACCUAAGGAGCAUGGAAAACGCAGUAGGUUGUGGAUUGCUGAGGAUAUCUGUCAAGUAUUUAAACAUAAUACAGGAACCGGAACAAUUGAAGCCAUAUUCCUUGAUAUGUCUAAGAUUACAAAGCUGCAUGUGAGAGGUGCAGCCUUCAAAGACAUGCAUAAUCUAAGAUUGCUCAAAAUAUUUAUCUCUGGUGAUGAGUUUCCCGAGAAGCACUGCAAAAUGUACCUUCCCGAAGGCCUUUCGUCUCUUCCUGAUGCCCUUAGAUAUCUGUACUGGGACGGAUACCCUUUGAAAUCAUUGCCAUCAGAUUUUUCUCCAGACUAUCUUGUUGAGCUUCAUAUGCCCAAUAGCCAAGUUGAGCAACUUUGGACUGAAGACCAGAAUCUUGGGAAGUUGAGAAAGAUAAAUCUUAGUCAUUCGAAGAACCUAACUAAAGUUCCAGAUCUCUCCCGGAGUCCGAUUGAGAAUACAGAACUUCAGAACUGUACAAGUUUAGUUCGAGUCCCUACAUAUUUUCAAAAUCUUGACAAGCUUACCUGUCUGAAUCUUAGUGGCUGCUCAAGUCUUAAACAUCUUCCAGAUAUGCCGGUGAAUAUGACUACCUUAUAUUUACGUGGAACUGCAAUAGAAGAGUUGCCUGCAUCAAUUUGGUCCCACAAGAAGCUUGUAUCAUUAGACCUGAUGUACUGCCAAGACCUUAAGAAUCUUCCAAGCAGCACUUGCAAUCUGAAUUCUCUCCAAAUUCUUGGUCUACUUGGCUGCUCAACUCUUGGCAGAUUUUCAGAACUUCCGAGGAAUAUAAGACAUUUAUGUUUGGCUGGGGCAGCAAUUGAAGAAAUACCCUCAUCAAUCGGGUGUGUCUCUGGCCUCGUUUCAAUUCAACUGGAAAAUUGCAAAAAGUUUGUGAGGCUCCCUACCAGCAUUUGUAAGUUGAAAUCUCUCUCGAGACUCUCUCUCUUUGGUUGCUGUAAAUUCAAGGACUUCCCAGAAAUCUUGGAGCCUAUGGAAGGUCUGGAGUUUUUAAAUUUAAGUAAAACAGCGAUUGAAGAGCUACCCAUGUCGACUGAAAAUCUAGUCGGGCUAAAAAAGUUGGAGCUGUUUAACUGCAAAAACCUUCGGUUUGUCCCAAGCAGCAUCUACAAAAUUAAAUCUGUGGUCCUCGAUGGUUGUAGGGAACUCCAUUUUUUAGAGUCAGCGCUACCAUCGCCUUCCUCAGUAGCUGAUCUGGUACUGGAGCUAGACUUUAGUAACUUCAAAUUUUUUACAGAGCUAAACCUCGUUGCUCUUAUUAACCUGUCAUUGUUAAAAACCGUGAAUGUUUCCUUUCAAAAAAAAAAAAAAAAAAGGGUGAAUGUCAAAGGGUGCAGACACCUUGUGUCCUCCAAAUUCAAAGUCACAAACUACUGGGCCGAAACAUUUGCAAUUAGCUACAGUCGCAAUUUAGAAUAUUUAGACCCACUUCUUCUAGAAGGUUUCGCAACCUUAUUCAGAUUCUUCCCCAAAAUCCUGGAGCCUGUGCUAUGGUUUCGUCAUCUUCAUUUAUAUCAAGCAGCCAUUCAGGAGCUACCCUGGUCGAUUGAAAAUCUGAUUGGACUUGAAACAUUGGAGCUCUGUAUGUGUGAAAACCUUGAGCUUGUCCCAAGCAGCAUGUACAAUUUAAAUCGUCUUAAAAGUCUCAUCAUUUUUGGAUGUUCGAAAAUUAGAAACUUGCCUGCCUUCUCAGUCGGUUUGCCCUCUUUGAAAAGACUAGAGCUCAGUUAUUGCAGUGUUUUAGAAAUCCCUGAUGAUCUCAUUAGCUUAUCAUCAUUGCGGAGGCUAAAUUUAAGUGGAAGCAUAGUUGAGAGAUUACCUGCAAGCAUCGUGCACGUUUCGGGGCUGGAGUAUCUAAGCUUAAGAGAUUGCAACAGUCUUCAAUCUUUACCGGAGCUCCCAUUGCUUCUAGAACAUUUUGAUGCCUAUGGCUUCCGGGGACGAAAGACAGCGUUAAGUUCGAGGACUACAGUCAGACAAGGUUGGGAUCAAUAUCAGGUUUCUGAUGACAAACAUGUGUUCUCUAAUUGCUUAAGACUGGAUCAGAAUGCAUGGAGCGGCAUGGGAUUGGAUGCACAGCUUAGAAUUUUUCUAAUGGCAAUUGCGUCAUCAAAGUUUAAACAAAAAACUGGUCAUCUCUACGGUCAUGAACGUUGGGAUGCAAAAGCUUCAAUUACAAUUUUAUGUCCGGGAAAUGAAAUUCCAAAGUGGUUUGGCUAUCAAACUAAAGGAUCUUCAAUAAAAAUCAAGCUUCCUCCUAAUUGGUUUGAUACGAACUUCUUAGGUUUUACUCUAUCCGUUGCCGCAUUCGACAGACAUAAUGAUUUUCCUCUUUACUUACACUUUGGAUUUGGAUGUAAAUCCUAUUUCAAAACCAACAAUGGUGAAACCAUCGAGUUUAAUUGCUGUUUGGAUAAUUGGAAUUUCGUUGAGCAUAGAGCUGGAAGUGCCAAUGCCCAUUAUGUGGUUAUGUGGUAUCUUACUCCCCUAAAAGGAGAUGGAGCAAAAUGGCCCUCUAGUUUUUACAAUGUCACGGAGGCUUUCUUUGAGUUCUACCCUCUAGACUGGUCCAAACGACCCACUGUGAAGAAAUGUGGGAUUGGCCUGCUGUCUUCCCCAGAAUUUGAUUUCUUCGAUGAAGUUGUUAGGGAUAUCACGCGCAUAUGAAGCUGAGAUGCAGUGAGGAGUCGUCUAGACCUAGUCAGUUGGAAUUGUUAAUUAGCUCUUAGUAAGAUCAUGCCAUCCAAGUCUCUCGCAAAGUGUAGUGAAAAGAGAAGCUCAUAGUCAAAUGCCUUUAUUUAAUAUCUCGGAAAGCUCAUUUUGUUGUGGGAGAAUUGUAAUUGUAUAUAUUCAUUGAUAAUAAGAGCCCUUUAAAUAGGGAGUUACAAGGUACACAAUAGG